CUGUCUGUCAUCAGAAAUAUCAGAGGGACGUUGUACUUAAUUUGUUAAUACUUGUUAGCGAUUCUUCUUCCCAAUUAAUAUGUUUGGUAAACACCAGUAUUUGUUUAACAAUAAUAAUUAUUUUAAAUUUGACAAUAAACAAUUGAGGGGAGUCCCUGAUUAGACCAAAGUGUUUCGUCAUAUCCUUAAAUAGAAUUGCACGUGAAAAAGCCAAUGUGGCAACGCUGCAAAAUGUGCGGAAUGGAUCUUCACUUCUCUGAGGCAUCGGGAAAAACAGCGGGGAAGUCCCCGUAUCUUAGUGCGUUGCUUGGUGUCGGUGUGGGAGGAGGGAGUGGAUUACAACGCAAUCAGAACCAGGAAACUACGUCAUCAAAUAGCUCUCAAGAUUCCUCGCAGGAAAGUGCUACACUGGGCACUAUUCCGUAUUCGACAAUUAACACAAUGAAUUUGCGUGCUUUGUUAUUUGAUCCAUCAACAAUGAAUAGAGAAGAGCCAUUUUUAAAAGUUAUUGAAGAACCUGUUGAAAAAUUCAGGUUUCGUUACAAGUCUGAAAUGAUGGGAACACAUGGCAGUAUUUUGGCCAGAAGCCAUGAAAGGAAUCGAAGGAAAACUUAUCCAUCAGUUCAGCUUUGCAAUUACGAUAGACCAGCAAUUGUGAGGUGUUCUUUGUAUACUGCACAUCCUCAUGAGAAACAGCGCACUCCCCAUACUCAUCGGUUAAUAGUACGUGCUGAAAAUAACAUGGACAAAGAUGAUCCACAUGAAGUGAUUGUCUCACAAGACAACAAUUACAUUGCAGUAUUUCAUGGCAUGGGUAUUAUACACACUGCUAAGAAAAAUAUUGUUGAGGAGCUCAUUAAAAAGAAGCGUUCACGUCUCCUAGAAAAACUUAGAGUGAAAAAUGUCAAAUUAACAUCCUUGAACACUGUUCAAGAAUCUAAGUUAAGACAAGAUGCUGAAGAUGAAUCUCGGAAAAUGAACUUGAACAGUGUCUCACUGUGCUUUGAAGCAUUUUACCGAGAUGCAAACAAUUGUCUGCAACAAAUUUGUGAUCCUGUCUUUUCGAAGCCUAUAAACAAUAUGAAAAGUGCUUUGACUGGAGAACUGAAGAUUUGUCGAAUAGACAAACAUGUAAGCACCUGUAUGGGUGGAGAAGAAGUGUUCAUUCUUGUGGAAAAAGUUGGAAAAAAAAACAUAAAGAUAAAAUUUUUUGAAGUUAAUGAAGAUGAUCAAGAAAUUUGGUGUGAUUAUGGGAAAUUUUCUGAAUUAGAUGUGCACCAUCAAUACGCUAUUGUAUUUCGAACUCCACCAUAUCGAGAUCUUGACAUUGAAAAACCUGUUGAUGUUUUUCUUCAACUAUAUAGACCUACAGAUGGAGACUGUAGUGAGCCUAUCAAAUUUCAGUACAAACCAUCAGAAAAGAUGGGGAGAACUAGAAAAAGGCCAAGAGUAUCUAAUGAAAAUUUGCAUUCUUCUGAGAAUAUCAAUUUCUUGAAUGUUACAAAUGGGACUACAAAUGGAAUGAUGGAGAUAGGAAGCGACGUGAAAAAUGGAAAUGAUAACUUGUUAGGGGAACACACCUCAUUAAGCGAAUUAUUAAAUGAGGAAAAUGGUCUGGAUUCUUCAGAAUUUCGAGAAUUUAUGAACAAUCUUUCCAUAUCAGACUUAAACCUGCCCCAAACACUGUCUGCAUAUGGUGGGUCAGUAGGCACAGAUAUUUUGAAACCAGUAAACCAGAAAUACAAUAUGGAACCUGCAUGCACUGGUGCAUUCAUGUUGAAUACUUCUGAUAUUCCUUUUGGUGGAACCUUGAAGACAGAAGGAAUUGUUGAUAGUGAAUACAUGAGCACAUUUGAUCACGAUUUGGCUUUUGAUGGAGAAAAGUCACCGUUACCAAAAGACGCUGUGACUGAAAUCAGAAUAAAGGAAGAAAAUGAUCCACCAGAGGUUAAAGAAGAAAUUUUGGGUGAUUACGAAUUGCUGCAGAAGGCACUAAAGCAAAUAAAUAUGGUUUUGCAAGAAAAAUUGUCCUCAGAUGUCACAGCUAAAAAAAUUGAAAAUAUAUUUAAUAUGAGAAAUACGGAAGGUGAAACAGCUCUUCAUGCUGGUGUCAUGUGUGGAGAAAAGGAUGCAAUGAAGCUUAUGUUGCAAGUUCUUGAAAAAGGAGGACAAAAACAUCUUAUUAAUACUCAGAAUUUUAGAAAUGAGACUCCAUUGCAUUUGGCUGUUCUUCACAAACAACCCCAAUUUGUCCAAAUGUUGCUUGCCAAAGGCGCAGACCCAAAUUUUACGAACUCUGAUGGAAAUACAGCCAUUCACCUUACAAUCAAGUGCUGUCACAAUGAGUGCCUGACUGAAUUAUUAGAUAAAAACAACUACGUUCAUAAUGAACACAAACCUAAAUGUAAUGAAAAGAACUACGAAGGUCAGACACCAUUGCAUGUAGCUGCUGUGAAAAGAAAUUUAUUUGCUGUCAAAUCCUUGGUGAAAAGUGGUGCCAAUGUAAAUGAAGCCGAUUCCACUUUAGGCCGUCACGUUUUAAUGGUAGCUGUAGAACAAAGUGAUAAAGAUAUUGUGGAGUAUCUUGUUAAAGAGACAAAUGUUGAUGUAAAUUUGGAAAAUUAUGCCGGAGACACCUCAUUACACUAUGCUUGUGUAGUUAAUGGAGGAAAUGCAGAAAUAUGCCAAUUGUUGAUUGAUGCUAAGGCUGAUCCAAUGAAAGCCAAUCAUGAACAACGAAGUAGGGCUAUGGAACUUCCACUGGCAAAGCCACUUGAAGUGACAGUAAAAGAAGAGAUUGAAAGCGAAGAUGAAUUUCAGUUGCACAUAGAUGAUGACGAUGAAGAUGAUGAAGACGAUGAGGAUGAUGAAGAAGAAAAUGGUUUAUCCAAGGGUUGUACAUCAAUGGAUUUGGCAAAAGACAACCAAGAAAUCCUGAAUAUAUUGAAGCAGGCUGAUCAGUAUAUGGCAUCAACCCUUCAAAAUGAAUCCCUGGAUGAAGUCCAAAUUAAAGACGAAUGUCCAAGUCCAUCUGAACACUCCACAGUAGUAGAUAAUGGACUUUUUGAUGAACAAACUCUGACAAAACUAUGUUCAGUUCUUGAUGCAUCAAAUUCAUGGACAAAUUUGGCAGAUCUCUUGGAUUACACAUUUUUGGUACCAAGUAUUAGGGCUGCCAUCAGUCCUUCAAAACUCUUGUUUAAUUAUGCUGAUCUUCAUGGUAAUGUUACAGUACAACACAUACGUAACUUUCUAGAAGCCUUGGAUGAAAAAGAAGCGGUUGAAGCAAUAGAUCUUAUGUUGGCAAGACAAGUUGCUAAUACAGGAGUGUUGUUGGUUAAUUUUAAUGAGAGAAAUAAAAGUCCUUUAGUAUUUUUUGAUACUGCAAGAUAUAUUCGUGUUUCAGUGCAAGUAGAUUCUGAAUGUGGAAAGUGUUGCAAUGAUAUGCUCUUUAUCAACAAUGAAUUCGUCCCCUCCGCCUCUGGCAAGACAUUUCCUACGAUAAACCCAGCCACAGGGCAGAAGAUCAUCGACGUAGCUGAGGCUGACAAGGCCGACGUGGAUGUCGCCGUAGCGGCGGCCAAGCGAGCUUUCCAGAGGGGUUCGGAGUGGAGGAACUUGGACGCUUCUGCCCGAGGCCGCCUCCUCAACAAGCUGGCAGAUUUGAUUGCUCGGGAUACUGAGUACAUUGCCAAUGUGGAGACGCUUGACAAUGGCAAACCCUAUGGUGAUUCAGUUUUUGAUAUACAAUGUGCGAUCGAUACUUUCCGUUACUAUGCUGGUUGGUCUGACAAGAUUCAUGGAAAUACCAUUCCUGCCGAUGGCACUUCUUUCACAUACACAAGGAGAGAACCAGUUGGUGUUGUAGGGCAAAUCAUUCCUUGGAACUAUCCAGUUCUUAUGUUAGCUUGGAAAUGGGGACCAGCACUAGCUGCUGGUUGCACUAUUGUUCUAAAGCCUGCUGAGCAAACUCCCCUUACUGCAUUGUACAUAGCAGCUUUAAGUAAAGAAGCAGGUUUUCCACAGGGUGUUAUCAAUGUAUUGCCAGGUUAUGGACCUACAGCUGGUGCAGCAAUUUCUUCUCAUCCUGAUGUUAACAAAGUAGCCUUCACUGGUUCAACAGAAGUUGGUCAUCUGAUUAUGGAGGCAUCUGCAAAAUCGAAUCUGAAAAGGGUGUCUCUGGAGCUUGGAGGAAAGAGUCCUUUAGUCAUAAUGGAUGAUGCUGAUGUUGAUGAAGCAGUUGAAAUAGCCCAUGGUGCAAUCUUUGCAAAUCAUGGUCAGAACUGUUGUGCAGGAUCUAGAACCUUUGUUCAAGAAAGAAUUUAUGAUGAUUUUGUGAAAAAAGCUACAGCAAAAGCUGCUGCAAGAAAAGUUGGUGAUCCUUUCAGUGAUGGAACUGAACAAGGACCUCAAAUCGAUGAUGAAAUGUUCAACAAGGUUCUGAACUUAAUUGAAUCUGGGAAGAAAGAAGGGGCUAAACUUCAAUGCGGAGGUCAACGUUUUGGUAAACAAGGAUUUUUUAUUCAACCCACAGUUUUUUCAGAUAUUUUUGGCCCAGUGCAAUCUAUUAUCAAAUUCAGAACUUUGGAUGAAGUAAUUGAUCGAGCUAACAAAACAACUUAUGGCUUAGCAGCUGGCAUAAUUACUAAAAGCCUUGAUUCAGCUUUGGUGUUUGCACAGGCUGUACAAGCUGGAUCAGUUUGGGUUAACUGCUAUGAUGCUGUAGUUCCACAGGCUCCAUUUGGAGGUUUCAAACAAUCUGGCCAAGGAAGAGAAUUAGGAGAAGAUUCUCUCAAAGAAUAUUUGGAAAUCAAAACAGUGUCCAUCAAAUUGCCACUCUUUAUCAACAAUGAAUUCGUCCCCUCUGCCUCUGGCAAGACAUUUCCUACGAUAAACCCAGCCACAGGGCAGAAGAUCAUCGACGUAGCUGAGGCUGACAAGGCCGACGUGGAUGUCGCCGUAGCGGCGGCCAAGCGAGCUUUCCAGAGGGGUUCGGAGUGGAGGAACUUGGACGCUUCUGCCCGAGGCCGCCUCCUCAACAAGUUGGCAGAUUUGAUUGCUCGGGAUAUUGAGUAUAUUGCCAGUGUGGAGACUCUCGACAAUGGUAAAACGUACAGGGAUUCAGUUUUUUAUCUACAAUGCGCCAUCGACACUUUUCGUUAUUAUGCUGGCUGGUCUGACAAGAUUCAUGGAAAUACCAUUCCUGCGGAUGGCACUUCUUUUACAUACACAAGGAGAGAACCAGUUGGUGUUGUAGGGCAAAUCAUUUCUUGGAACUAUCCUGUACUUAUGUUAGCUUGGAAAUGGGGACCAGCACUAGCUACUGGUUGCACUCUUGUUCUAAAGCCUGCUGAGCAAACUCCCCUUACUGCAUUGUACUUAGCAGCUUUAAGUAAAGAAGCAGGUUUUCCACAGGGUGUUAUCAAUGUAUUGCCAGGUUAUGGACCUACAGCUGGUGCAGCAAUUUCUUCUCAUCCUGAUGUUAACAAAGUAGCCUUCACUGGAUCAACAGAAGUUGGUCAUUUGAUUAUGGAGGCAUCUGCAAAAUCGAAUCUGAAAAGGGUGUCUCUGGAGCUUGGAGGAAAGAGUCCUUUGGUCAUAAUGGAUGAUGCUGAUGUUGAUGAAGCAGUUGAAAUAGCCCAUGGUGCAAUCUUUGCAAAUCAUGGUCAGAACUGUUGUGCAGGAUCUAGAACCUUUGUUCAAGAAAGAAUUUAUGAUGAUUUUGUGAAAAAAGCUACAGCAAAAGCUGCUUCAAGAAAAGUUGGUGAUCCUUUCAGUGAAGAAACUGAACAAGGGCCUCAAAUCGAUAAUGAAAUGUUCAAUAAGAUUCUGAACUUAAUUGAAUCUGGGAAGAAAGAAGGGGCUAAACUUCAGUGUGGAGGUCAACGUUUUGGUAAUCAAGGAUUUUUUAUUCAACCCACAGUUUUUUCAGAUAUUUUUGGCCCAGUGCAAUCUAUUAUCAAAUUCAGAACUUUGGAUGAAGUAAUUGAUCGAGCUAACAAAACAACUUAUGGCUUAGCAGCUGGCAUACUUACUAAAAGCAUUGAUUCAGCUUUGGUGUUUGCACAGGCUGUACAAGCUGGAUCAGUUUGGGUUAACCGCUAUGAUGGUGUAGUUCCACAGGCUCCAUUUGGAGGUUUCAAACAAUCUGGCCAAGGACGAGAGUUAGGAGAAGAUUCUCUCAAAGAAUACUUGGAAGUCAAAACAGUUUCCAUUAAAUUGUCAGUAAAGAACUGAGGUUCAUAUUGCUGUGAAUUCCUACAAGAGGAUUGCAAAUUGAACAGUGUUCUCUUGGUGUUCGAUGUUCAUAAAUGUUAUGAAUAUAUUCAGUAAUCAAAUUAAUUUUUCAAUUGUUAUCACUUUCAAACGUUAUGCUUUGAAAUAAACAUUAUCCUUUAAAUAUUUGUACCCACCCAGACAAUCAAUAUAAACCAGUGACCUGCAGAUGUAAUGCUGUAUGCCUAUAAGACAUGCGGAAAUGUUAGAAAUAUGGGUAAAUUAAAACCAAAAAAAAUCUUAGUGUACUAUUCAAAAUUUCUUUGUAAUUUAUUUAAGUUUACUUAGCAAAUGUUUUUAUUUAAAAUAGAAUGUAGUGUGAACAGAGUUGAGUUAAUUACUCUUUGAAGCAGUUUAUUAUAUUGAAGCAUGAUUAUGAUGAAAAACUCCACAUGGCUUGUUCUAAAAUCCCUCGGCUUCGGGUUCCUGAAUUUGUAAGACCAUAAAGACUGGUACUUACAAUCUAAGAACUUCAAGUGAUUUCUUAUUAAGUUUCCCAAAAACUCAAAAAGUUUUGAGCAUAUAAGCUAAAAAUUGUGCAUUUUCAGAAAUGCUCAAACAUUUUCUCAAAAACAGCUACAUAUUUUUCAAUGAA